GGCACUCAGAGAACUAUCACCCUGGGUACUGGGUAUCUUUCAGAACGGCCGUAUUAUGCUAUUUUUGUAAACCAUCUUUGUAACUAAAGCUUAACUGUCGUAGGCCCCCAACCCUACCCUUCACUGGAGAAGAGCAAGAAGCAGAAACAAUGGACAAAAUUCAACACAAAACAAUCCAUGUAAACGGAAUAAAUAUGCACGUUGCAGAAAUAGGUCAAGGCCCUGCAAUCCUAUUCCUCCACGGUUUCCCGGAGCUCUGGUAUUCAUGGCGCCAUCAAAUGCUCUCCCUUUCUUCCAGAGGCUACCGCACCAUCGCCCCUGAUCUUCGCGGCUACGGUGACACUGACGCGCCGCCCUCCGCCACCAGCUACACCGCCUUUCACAUAGUGGGUGAUUUAGUGGGUCUGUUAGAUGUUAUGGGCCUGGACCGGAUCUUCCUGGUGGGCCACGACUGGGGGGCUGUUAUUGCCUGGUACUUCUGCCUUCUCCGGCCGGACCGGAUUAAGGCUUUAGUCAAUUUGAGCGUUGUAUUUCAUCCGAGAAAUCCGAGGAGAAAACCUGUUGAAUCUAUGCGUGCUAUUUUUGGGGAUGAUUAUUAUAUUUGCAGAUUUCAGGAACCUGGGGAAGUGGAAGAGGAGUUUGCUCGUGUUAACACAGGAAGAUUGAUCAAGAAAUUUUUAACAUCUCGAAAUCCAGCUCCACUUUCUGUUCCUAAAAGUAGAGGGUUUGGGGGCUCGCCUCAUUCUUCAAUUACGUUGCCCUCUUGGUUAUCAGAAGAUGAUGUCAAUUAUUAUUCUAGCAAAUUUUACCAAACAGGCUUCACGGGUGGAUUAAAUUACUAUCGAGCUAUGGACCUGAAUUGGGAGCUCACAGCACCGUGGACCGGGGUGCAAAUAAAGGUUCCUGUUAAGUUUAUUGUGGGAGAUCUCGACCUUACAUAUAAUAAUCCAGGUGUAAAGGAAUAUAUACAUGGUGGUGGCUUCAAACGAGAGGUGCCAUUUUUGCAGGAAGUAGUUGUCAUGGAAGGAGUGGCUCACUUUCUUAACCAAGAAAAACCGGAUGAAAUCAGUGCACAUAUUUACGACUUUGUCCGGAAGUUUUGAUCUGUUUUUGAUUCCUUGCACAUGUUCACACAACCCGUCUUGGGAGAUAAUUUCACGACAUGGAUAACAAGACUCCUUCCGAGUUAGGAUUGAUAUGUUGGCGAGGGUAUCACCUAGGAAUUAUUACUGUUGUGUAUUCUCUUAACAUUAAAUGUUAGUCGUUUCUGGCAAAUACAUUGUACUAACAAACCGGAAUGUUUCAUUCUAUGUUAGUGUGAGUUAUAUACCAGUUCAAUUAACAUUAA